AUGCGUACCCUUCAAAGCGUUGCGUUUCUAGUGGUCGUUCUCCUUUCGGAAUCUGUCCAAGCUGUGGCCUCUCAAGCUUUUACUUGGAAGAAUGUCAAGAUUGGAGGAGGCGGUGGCUUCGUCCCUGGGAUCGUUUUUAAUCCCACCGUCAAGGGAUUGGCUUACGCGCGAACAGACAUUGGAGGAGCAUACCGACUGAACGCAGACGACUCCUGGACACCUCUGAUGGAAUGGGCCAAUUCUUCCAACUGGCAUGACUGGGGUACCGACGCACUUGCCACAGAUCCUGUGGACACAAAUCGGCUCUACGUAGCGGUUGGCAUGUACACCAAUGAAUGGGAUCCCAAUGCAGGAUCCAUUCUGCGCUCAACCGAUCAAGGGAAUACGUGGGCUGAGACCAAGCUCCCCUUCAAGGUUGGUGGAAAUAUGCCUGGACGCGGGAUAGGCGAGCGUCUUGCCAUUGAUCCGAAAGCGAACAACAUCAUCUAUUAUGGAGCAAGAAGUGGAAAUGGGCUUUAUAAGAGCACGGAUUACGGGGUUACUUUUGCGAAGGUUUCGUCUUUCACUUGGCCAGGAACAUACUUCCAGGACGCGAGUUCUUCGUAUACCUCUGAUCCGGUAGGCAUUGCCUGGAUCACGUUUGAUACUACGACCGGUACCAAAGGCACUGCUACGCCUCGUAUCUUCGUGGGGGUCGUCGAUGCUGGCCAAUCCGUCUUCAAGUCCGAGGAUGCUGGUGUCACCUGGUCUUGGGUAUCAGGGGAGCCGCAGCUAGGAUUUGUUCCUCACAAGGGAGUAUUCUCACCCGGAGAGAAGAUCCUCUACGUGACUUAUGCCAAUGGUGUCGGCCCUUACGAUGGGACCAAUGGCACUUUGCACAAGUACAAUGUCACUUCUGGCGUUUGGACUGACAUCUCUCCCACGCCUCUAGCCUCGACAUACUAUGGCUACGGCGGCCUGACUGUCGAUCUGCAGCGUCCUGGUACGCUCAUGGUGGCGGCUCUGAACUGCUGGUGGCCUGAUGAGAUUAUCUGGAGAAGUACUGAUUCAGGUGCGACCUGGUCGCCUAUCUGGGAAUGGAACGCAUAUCCAUCCAUCAACUACUACUACAAGUUUGACAUAACCAAUGCCCCAUGGCUUGUGGACACAACUUCUACAGCAGACUUCGUAGCCAAAGUUGGGUGGAUGGUCGAAGCGCUUUCGAUAGAUCCGUUUGAUUCUAAUCAUUGGCUUUACGGGACUGGCGCUACCAUUUAUGGAUCUCACGACUUGUUGAACUGGGAUACUUCCCAUUCCGUGACCGUGAAGUCACUCGCAAACGGGCUUGAAGAAACCUCCGUCCAAAGCCUUUUAGUGGUGCCAGGUGGUCCUCCGCUUCUAUCAGCUGUGGGCGACAUCGGAGGCUUCUCUCACGCAAGUCUUGAUGUCGCUCCCACCCAAGCUUUUCACACCCCAACUUACGGCAGCACUAAGGAUCUUGACUACGCUGGUAACAAACCCGCCAACAUCGUACGAUCAGGAGAAAGCUCUACAGCCAUCCAGAUAGCUAUCUCUUCUAACUUUGGAGGAUCUUGGAAUCCGUACUACGGUGCUUCUUUGACCACAGCCCCUGGCAAGGUUGCAUUCUCAGCUGAUGCUGAUACCAUCUUACUAAUGUCUGGAACGGACGGCCCGCUGAUUUCGAAAAAUGUGGCGACGUUUGCUGCGGUCCCAAGUCUGCCGUCUGGGGCGGCGAUUGCGUCCGAUAAGAGGAACAACUCGUACUUCUAUGGUGGCUCCGCGGGAAGCUUCUAUGUCUCGUCCAAUGGCGGCGUCACCUUCACGAAAACUGUCGCACUGGGGUCAUCCACCCUCGUCAACCAAAUACGAGUCCAUCCAACAGUUGCUGGUGAUGUUUGGGCAACGACUGACGCUGGUCUCUUCCACUCGACAAAUUUCGGUAGCACAUUUACACAAGUCGCAAGUAGUGUUACAGCAGGCUACAGUUUCGCGUUUGGUGCCGGCUCGACCACAGCCGCAUAUCCAACCAUCUACGGGUUUUUCACAAUCAGCGGCACAACAGCCCUAUUCAAAUCCGAAGACAGUGGCCUCAACUGGGCCAUGAUCAGUGACGCCACUCAUGGCUUCGGUGCUGCGUCAGCAAAUGUCGUUGGAGCCGAUAUGGCGAUUUAUGGCAAGGUGUACGUUGGGACUAAUGGUCGCGGAAUCUAUUAUGGCAUCGCCUCGGGGGCGCUUCCGCCUUCGACUGCGACCGCUUCCUCGACAUCGACGACGUCAAAGACGACUUCAAGUGUUAGAACGAGCCUUACGAAUUCUGUCACGUCGAGUAAAUCUAGUACGGUUAUCGUGACAACGAGCUUCAAAGCAUCGACUUCGACCUCGAAGACUACUAUGGCGAGUUCGACAUCCAAGGCUACUACGGCGAGUUCGACAUCCAAGACUACUACGGCGACUUCGAAAACUUCUGGCGCUGGCUCGACAGCAACAGCCCUUCCGUAUGGACAAUGCGCGGGUGAUUCUACCUACACAGGACCCAAAAUCUGCCCUACCGGAUGGACAUGCACGUUCUCGAACACAUUCUACUCGCAAUGUCUCCAAUCGUAG